AUGGCGACGUUGAGGGGUGGCUGGGGGCCUGACAGCGACCCGCUGAUAUCUGUAGAAGAGCUUGCUGCCGAACUGCAGCAGCAGCAGCAGCUGCAACAGCAGCAACAGCAGCAGCUGUUGCUCCUGGACUGCAGCAAGACCGACUUACCCAUGUUUGGGGGCCGCUCUGCUGAGGAGGAGUUUCUUGCAGGCCCCCGCCUCCCCCACGCGCAGUACUUCUGCAUAGACACCUGCAGCGACAGCAGCAGUCCAUAUCCCCACAUGCUGCCUUCCAGGCAGCAGCUGCAUGCGCAUUUAGCUGCCCUUCUGCAGCAGCAGCAACAGCAACAGCAGCGAAAGCAACAGCAGCAGCAACACCCGCAGCAGCAACUCCAAGAUACGAAGAUUGUCUUAUAUGACUCUGUUGGCUUCUUCUCAGCUACUCGAGUAUACUGGAUGCUGCUGUGGGGCGGCUUGAGGGCCCGUAUCCUUGAAGGGGGAGUUAAGGCCUGGAGGGCUCAUGGCUGUCCCCUAGACGCAACCCCUCUUAGCCCAGACUGUCUCCUCCCUCUUGCGAAGACAGUAGAUGCUCCUGCUGCUGAUCCUGCUGCUGCUGCUUCACUUGCUGCUAACGGGAAGAAUAAGUGCAACGGUGACCCCUGCGACUCAUUAGUUGUUUCUUAUACCGAUGUCUUGAUGGGCCUGGACGAGGCAGCAGGCGCUACCGAAGGAAGAAGCAGCAGCAGCAAUAGCAGCAACAGCAGCAGCAGCAGCAGCAACAGCAAUAAGGGGCCCUUUGUAUUAGUUGAUGUGCGCUCGCACGAGCGCUUCUGGGGUCUGUGCCCGGAACCGCGUGAGGGUUUGUAUGGAGGCCACAUUCCUUCUUCUUUGAAUCUCCCCUUUACUACUCUCUUGCAAUCUCAUGCAUUCUUCCCCAACAGCAGCAGCAGCAGCAACAACAGCAGCAGCAACAACAGCAGCAGCAGCAACGGCAGCAGCAGCAACGGCAGCAGCAGCGAGGGGCCCACAAGCUAUCUCUGCCCCUUCAGCACAUCAGCAGCUGCGCCUCCAUAUGGCUACGCAACUUUAAAGACAGGGCCUUCCCUCUUAGUCGCCUUGGGACCGUUGCUCGGCCGUGCGAACGUCAUGGGCGUCCAGAAGCAGCUAAAGGCCUUCCAACAGCAGCAGCAGCAGCAGCAACAGCAGCAGCAACAACAGCUGCAGCAGCAGCAGAUGUAUCCCCAUUUGGAUUUUUCUCAGGCUAAACGGAUCGUGUGUACUUGCGGCAGCGGAGUUACAGCCUGUAUCCUCUUCUGUGCCCUUGUUAAGAUCGGGUACCCUCUAUCGUUACUCUCUGUUUAUGACGGUUCUUGGGCAGAGUGGGCGCAGCGACGGCAGAUGGAGGCCCCCCUGGGGGGCCCCCAUGAUGCCCCUUACCCGACCCUUGUGCUGCCUCCGCCUACGCAGGAGCAGCAGGAGGCCCUACGCGCAGUAUUACUAAGAGCUGAUGCGCCGCUGCAGCAUCGGGCCUAUGGCGCAAUGGUAGCGCGUCUGACUCCAGAUCAGAAGGUUGGGCGUUCGAGUCGCUCUGGGCUCAUCUCGCCUGUGGGUGUUGCUCUAGAGUCAUACCAUCAAGGCCCCCCACGGGAAGGGGCAGGGAACGUUGGUGUACGGGUUCGAUGUGUGCGGGAUCCUCUUAAGGCAGCUGCAGCUACUAUAGAGCAACUGCUGCAGCAACUUCGUGCUGCUGGGCGCUUGCUGCAGCAACUGCGUGCUGCUGGGCUCUUGCUGCAGCGUCCUGGCUGCUUAGCGUGA